AUGACCAAGGCAGCGGACCGUGGCCGGCCGGCGCAGUACAAGCAAGCGUCGCGCAAAGGCAAGCAUGCAUGGCGUAAGAAUAUUGACCUGAGCGCCACUGAGGCCGCGCUCGAGGAUAUCCGCGAGCAGGAGCGGGCGGUGGGCACGCCGGCCCACGACCAGAAAAACAGCCAGCUCUUUGUGGAAGACCGCAGCGGACAAGAGACGCAGCUUGCACGCCAAGCGCGUGAAAAGAGGAAGCUCAAGUCCCAAGAGAUCCUAGAGGCACGCAGCGCCGUGCCUGCCAUUAACCAGCGCGCGCGCUCCUCGUUCCAGCUCGAUACCCAGACCCCGGCUGGCAAGGCGCACGCUGCCGGCCUCCCUGCCAAGGUGAAGCGCCGUCUGCGCAUCCUUGCCUCGCGCCCACACGAGGGCCAGCAGGGAAAUACCGAGAUCGGCAGCGCGGGCAAGCUGCAGAGCGACGCGGUGCUCAGCUCUAAGCACGACCUAUGGAGCACGCCCGCCGCACCCAAGUCCGACGAGUGGGUGUCGGAGGCCGCUACGAAUGCGAUCCUUCGCCCCAAGUCAAUGACCCAUGAACCUUUGGCUCCAGCCAAGACCGCGCCUGCGAUUCCCCGUCCCCACGCCGGCAUGUCGUACAACCCCGACUUUGACGCACACGAGUCACUCCUGCAAUCGGCGAUCCAGAAGGCGAGCGAAGAAGAGCACGAGAUCCAGGAGAAUGCGGCGCUCCGCAGCCAAUGGCGCAACAUUGCCCAGGAGCCGAGCACCAGCACGUCGCACAUGGGCAUGCCCAUCGACGAGCCGCAAGAGGACAACGAGGAAGAGGAAGAGGAGGAUGACGACGAAGAGGCGCCGCACGUCAAGAUGCCGGGCCGCAAGUCGGCGGCGCAGCGCCGUCGCGAGGCGCGCUCCAAGGAGCAGUUCCACCAGGCCGAGCAGCGCCGCCGCCAGCGCCAGCAGCGUGCGAUGGUGUCCGAGCUGCCGGGCCACCUCAAGCGCAUGCGCCAUCUCGCGCAGUCGCGCCAGGCGCUUGUUGACGACCGCCGUGCGCGCAAGCUCGACCGCAUGCAGAACCAGGGCAUGGCUGGCUUCCGCGUCGGCAAGCAUGCCGUGCCGGAGCAGCGCAUCGACGUGCAGACUGGCGAUGAGCUAAGCGAGAGCCUGCGCCAGCUUAAGCCCGAAGGCAACCUGUUCUGGGACCGCUUCCAGAACCUGCAGGCGCGUGGCCUCGCCGAGGCGCGUCGUCCUGUGUUGCCAUCGCGCAAGCUCAAGACGAAGCAGUACGAUCGGCACACGUUUAAGCGUGACUAG